CAAAGAAUCCAAACUUCAAGACUCUUCUUAAGUUGAUCUUGUCAUCAUGCUCCGUCAUUAUUACCUCGAGAUAAACCAUAAUCCUAGUAUCCCACUUCCCAAUACAACACGACUCACUCUCUCUCUCUCUCUCUCUCUCACUCUCUCAGGAUGAUCAUCUAUUGAACUGAAACUACUCACUACUCGCUUUACUCAAUCUUAAUCUCGUUUGCCUCUUUUGGUCUGGUUUCACUUUGUUUUACUGCAGAACAUUUUUCUGAUCAUUAUUAAGGUCUCAAGCUCAAAGAUGUCUGCAGCAGCUUCAGAUUCUCCAAACCCUAGAGAUGUAUGUAUUGUCGGUGUCGCGCGUACACCAAUGGGUGGAUUCCUUGGUAGCCUUUCAUCACUAUCAGCCACUAAGCUCGGAUCUAUAGCUAUUGAGUGUGCUCUUAAAAGGGCCAACAUUGAUCCAGCACUUGUUGAAGAGGUCUUCUUUGGUAAUGUUCUUAGUGCAAAUUUAGACCAGGCUCCUGCUAGACAAGCAGCAUUAGGUGCAGGGUUACCUAAUACUGUUAUCUGCACUACCAUUAACAAAGUUUGUGCAUCAGGAAUGAAGGCGACUAUGCUUGCAGCACAAAGUAUUGAGUUAGGUAGCAAUGAUGUUGUUAUUGCUGGUGGUAUGGAAAGCAUGUCUAAUGUCCCAAAGUAUCUUCCAGAAUCAAGGAAGGGAUCUCGGCUUGGACAUGAUUGCAUAGUUGAUGGAAUGCUUAAAGAUGGCCUGUGGGAUGUUUAUAAUGAUUUUGGCAUGGGUGUUUGUGCUGAGAUAUGUGCCGAUCAACAUUCAAUAACCAGAGAAGAACAGGAUGCUUAUGCUAUUCAGAGCUUUGAACGUGGUAUUGCUGCUCGAGAUACUGGUGCAUUCGCAUGGGAAAUAGCACCAGUUGAAGUUUCUGCAGGCCGCGGAAAACCAUCCAUAUGUAUUGAUAGAGACGAUGGCAUAGACAAGUUUGAUCCUGUAAAACUAAGAAAGCUCAGACCAAGCUUCAAAGAAAAUGGGGGUUCUGUUACAGCCGGCAAUGCAUCUGGUAUAAGCGAUGGUGCUGCUGCAUUAGUAUUAGUGAGUGGAGAGAUGGUGGUUAAGCUUGGGCUGCAAGUCAUGGGAAAGAUCAGAGGAUAUGCUGAUGCAGCUCAGGCACCUGAGUUGUUUACAACUGCUCCAGCGCUUGCAAUACCGAAAGCCAUUUCAAAGGCUGGUUUACAGGCCUCUCAAAUCGAUUACUACGAAAUUAAUGAAGCUUUUUCUGUUGUUGCUUUGGCAAAUCAGAAACUACUCGGGAUUAAUCCUGAGAGAAUAAAUGCGCAUGGGGGAGCUGUGUCUUUGGGACAUCCUCUUGGUUGUAGUGGAGCUCGCAUCUUAGUCACAUUGUUAGGGGUAUUAAGAAACAAAAAUGGGAAGUUUGGAGUUGGCGGUAUUUGUAAUGGAGGAGGAGGAGCAUCUGCACUUGUUCUAGAGCGCAUGCCAGUUACCAGGAUGAGGACUUCUUCAUUAUGAUGUCAAAUGAUCCCUACCUCUUUCCCCUUUUUAGCUCUGGAAGAGAAGAGAGUAUCAAUAUCAAUAGCUGGAUCAUGUUAGGGAAGAAAAAACAAAGAAAAUGACAUAUAACUGUUAUGUGAGAAACUAGUGAACUGCUAGAGAAAGAGUUGGAAACAUAAGCUAGGUUAACCUUCAAUACCCCCAAUGUCUUGAUAUAAUAUUUUAUCUGUCACUGGUAAUCACUCUUGUAUUUUGAGGGAAACUAAUGUUUUCUUUUUCGAUAAAAUAAAAAUAAAAUGCAUUAGCUGGUCUCAGACAACAUCAUGAGUUCAUCAGCUGAAACAUAAUUUUAUAA